GGCUCAGUAGAUGCUGAGAAAAACUUACCACAAGUUAAAAACCAUGGUUGCGCGAAAAACGCUGCCAAUAGCGUAAUACUCACUAUAUUUGCAUUCAUGACACACUAAAUCUUCAAACAUUCCUUAGUCAAUAGCCAAAAUACCCGAACACUUCACUUUACCCUAAACAUCCAGAAAAAAUAUUUUUUUUUUAGACUUUCCAGUUAGUCCCCUCUAAACGGUUAGUUUAAUUUGAAACAGUUUACAUGUGCUGAACAUCUGCCUAUAAAUUCAAAGCUGCGUAAUAAUAUUGGGUCGUUUGAGAAGUAUGUUGAACAAGUAAAGAAGUAUUUUGGUGUUUUUGAGGUGCAAAUCACAUUUAACGUGGUAAAUUAAUUUGAACUUCGAAGAACAGCUUAGCUCAAAUUUGUACCGAAAAAAGGUGUCCUGAUUUCUUACUUCGACCAGAUGGUAUCCCUAGGUUUGCUGAUAUGCUUUCAGCAAAGUAUUUUGCUGAACCAUGAAGAGACAUUUUGGUGUGGCAGUCAUACUUCACAAUGAUGCCAGAACUGAAAAAUAAAAUUGGCCUUGCGAUUGUUGAAAGAGCCUUCGACGCUUGUUCGCUCUCACAUGAAAUCCUCUUUCAAAUUGAUGCGAUUUCGCAUAAGUGCGAACUAUAUGUGCGUAUAAAGUUUUAAAUAUUGUUCCUGUCCACAACGGAAGCAACAUUUUGCGGUUUCUUUCAUCUGCUUCCAGCUGUCAAACUAUCGAUAAUUAUCGAUAGUAUCAGUAAACUAUUGAUAGUUAUCGAAAGCCAUUUUAAUCGAUAUUUCCCAUCCUUACCAUCGACGUCUGUCGGACGAGCAGCAAACCCGUUGUACCUUUUUUGUGCGCACAUUUUCUUAAAUUCCCAAUAAAAUGUUCUGAUGCAGCACUUAAAACCAAGGACAGUACUGUUGGGUCUCUGCCUUCCUGGAACCUGCAAAUUGAGCGACGUUGUCCAACUAACCCGCACGAGAGAUUCUGCUGAACAGAGCUUCCAAGUAUUAGGCGUGAGAUCACCGACAUUAAAUAAUUUUUCCCUAUGGAAAGACUUCACGUUCCAGAUUUUAUUCGGAGCUACAAUCAUCGUAUCGCUACUGUUAAUAGGAGGUACGGGAUGUGACCUGAUACUCAGAAAGAGAUACGAGGAGAAUUUACGCAUGAAAAAGUAUUCCAAAGAUUUAAGCUCAGAGUCAUCUUCCGGGCUUGGUUGUACUACCUAUGAUCUCACGCGAAACAUACCUGAGAAAACAGCAAAAACAAACUGCGAGGCUUUCGGUAUUCCUACAGGAGUCAAUAAUAACAACUCAGAUGAAAAUCUUGCUAUUGAACCUACUUCCAAUGAGGAUGAAAAACUAAGUGUAUGGACUGAGCUGCUUUUGUCGUUUUCGAUCGUAACAAACUUCCGUGCUAUUUGUGAUAAAAAUGUUGGCAGUGAUACAAUUCCAUCUAUUCACGGGCUACGCGCACUUUCAAUGCUUUGGGUUAUUCUAGGGCACACCAUGAUAGUCGUUUUCAAGUAUUCGGAUAACAUGGAACUUAGAAAAGUGGUUGAGAAGGAAAUAAUGUUUCAAGCAAUUCUCAAUGGUGCUUACAGUGUAGAUACGUUUUUUUUUAUAAGCGGAUUUUUGGUUUCUUACAUAUACUUUCGUACAAAUGCUAAAGGAAAACUGGAGAAAAUAACACAAGGUGUCAAUGAGCUGACAGCUGGAACCUACCAUUUUAUAGGACUUGUCAGUUACCGUUUUGUUAGGUUGACUGCUCCAUACCUUUACGUUCUCGGUGUUGUGGAAGUUGUAAUGAGGUAUUUAGAACAAAAUUCUGUGUUCGAGCCACCAACACAAGAUCACGUGAACUGUCCAAAAUAUUGGUGGCGCAACAUAUUAUAUGUGAAUACACUUUUCCCUGUCGAUCAAAUGUGCAUGCUUUGGAGCUGGUAUCUAUCAGAUGACACUCAGUUUUACAUCAUCGGAGCCAUUAUACUGAUUAUAGCUGUUAGGCAUUUCAAAUUUGCUGCCGGAAUGCUCACCAUAUUUAUGGUUUCAUCAUGGGCUACAACGGGAUACAUAGCAUUUACUAAUAAUCACAUGCCCAACGCAGAUGACCCAUUUGCUUUAUUUGAUAAAAUAUACGACAAACCCUGGACGCGAUUAGGUCCUUACUUGAUAGGAAUGAGCGUGGGAUGGAUCUUAUUUAAAACAAAUUGCAAAAUCAGCAUGCCCAAGAUCGCGGUGGCUCUUGGUUGGAUAACUUCCACGUUAAUGUUACUCUAUCUUCUCUUUGGUCUAUUUAACACCACACUUACAAAACCUGCAGCAGCUGCCUAUAGUUCUCUCAGUCACACUGGGUGGGCAAUAGCGUGUGCUUGGGUUAUCAUUGCCUGCUCUACAGGAUAUGGAGGAUGGGUAAAUAAUCUUCUAUCGGCACCUAUUUUGUAUCCUUUUUCUAGGGUCACCUACUGUGCAUAUUUGGUCCAUCCAAUUGUAAAUCGGAUAUAUGCAAUGGAAUCGGACUCUCCGAUACAUAUGACACCGAACAACUUGACAACACUAUACCUAGGUCAAGUGGUCUCAUCAUAUGUAUUGGCUUUCAUAGUUUCACUUUCGUUUGAAGCCCCUGUUGUCACAAUGCUAAAAAUAAUGUCUCCUGGAAGGAAAAAAAUGUGUGAACAGUAACUUCUAGUGAUUGUCUCACUACAACGGUCACUCAGAACUAUGCCUAUUGAUACUGUAGAAAAUAUACAUUAUUAUUUACGGUCCAUUGUAAAUGCCUCCGGACAAACAGGUUAUUACGAGGAAAUAAUAAAAAUCAUUUGUGCUACAUUCCAAUGUAAUGUCACAUGUCUCAAUUUAGAACAAAACAAGAUUGAAACUUGCUACUAAUAAUUCAUGAAUCAUUGUGUUAUAUUCAAAUAUUUAUGUGCAACAUUCCUUUGUUAGGCAAUUAGUAAUUAGAUGUACAUUCUUAGGAUUCUCACAACAUAAUUGUGUCGAGAUGCAUCGGGCAUGUGACUUGAAGUUUCCAGUCGUAGUAAAUUUGUACAUAAUAAAAUAAUACUCAAUCGACACACGAAUGAUUGUUGAAAUGUAUGACAUUUGACUGAUGACUUAAAAUUGAUGUAAAUGUAAACAGUGCAUGUGCGUGGAAAAUACAUAUCUUGUUUCGUGA